AUGUUUCCAAACGUUGUAAUAAAUGCCAAGAUUCAUCAUGGUUCGAUUGCAUUGACAGCUGGUGACUUAGGCACACAAAAUGUCGACGUCGUUGUUGUAUGUUCAACAUCAGAAAUACUUUUAAAAAAUAUUCUAGAUCAAGCAGGGUUAGAAAUCAUUGAAGAAUAUGCUCAUGUCGUCUCUUUUUUAUCAACUGUGCCGCAGUUACGCGUAACUAUGACGUAUUGCUCGUAG